AUGGCAUCAAACACGAUUAACAAUGAAGUCCACGACAUAACUAUCGUGCGGGGAACAGUGGACGCCGUUCCGGCAGUCCUCCACCUUCUAGAUACCGCAGUCCGAUGGCUGGUAUCGCACGACAGAACUGGGCAGUGGGGAGCAGCACCGUUUUCUGAGAAUCCACAACGCGCCGAGCAACUCAGAGAAUUUGCAACAACUGGCCAUGGCCUUUGGCUCGCUGUCGUUGCGAAUAACACGCCCAUUCUACGUCAAAAUGGACUCUCCAGUAUAGAGCCGCAAACUAUGAACGGAGAAGCUCCUGGGGUCAUUGUAGGUGCGCUUGCUAUUGGAGAGAAGAUGCCCUAUGUGACACCUGUCUCUGAGCCGGAGCUUUACGUGCGAUUGCUAGUCACGGAUCGCCAAUGUGCUGGCAACCAGAUUGGCAAACGCCUCUUGGACCAUGCGCGUGAUCUUGCCAGCAAGGCUGGAGUCUCAUUACUACGGGUAGAUUGCUAUGCAGGUGGUGACGGCAAAUUGAUCCAAUACUAUGAGUCUCAAGGGUUUAAGAGGUUGGAAAGUUUGAACGUGGGAGGAAAAUGGCCUUGCCAAGUGCUUGCUCAACAGUUAGACGAGAUGGAAGGAGAAGAGAGACAUUGA